AUGAAAUUCUCAAUUGCCGUACUGUCAUCAAUCCUUGCUGUCUGCUCGGUCACAGUUUCCAAUCCAGUUGAUCCCAGUGAAAGUACAGAUGAUGAAGAUGGCAUUUCAACAUUCAUUCCCAGUGCAACUACAAGUACUGAAGAUAACACUUUUACCGGCAUUCCCACUGUAUUUAAAGGUGUCGAAUAUAAUUUUUGGAUAGAUGCUAAUCCAGACGGUAUAGGCUUGGGUGCUCUUGAUGAUCCACUUUCAGGUAACGUCAAGCAUUUACUCGACAAAUACGCAGAGAUACAGGAUGGUCGUAAUCAGCAAAGCAAGAUAUAUUGGCCGUUAAAAUCUCGAUAUGACAGUCAAUAUGACGUGGUACUGGGCUUCAAAAAAGAUCUUAAAGUUCUGGAAUACCUAUCUCAAGACGAUGACAGCCUAAAAUAUUAUAUUGAAAUUCGGAAGACUAAGCUUGAUCAUGAAAAACAACUAUCCAAACUUGACAAAAUUCGAAAAAGUUUUGAUGAGUGCCAGUUCAAGAUUGGUCUUCUUUGGGAGACCGAUAAAAAGAUUGUGCGUCUCAUUUUCGGAACCCCUCUGGAUGUUGUAACAGUUAUUUACAAAUCUUCGCUUAUCAAAGAAACGCCUUCCGUUAAUGAUUACAUUGAAAAGCAAUCAUUAAAAUAUGAGAGUAUUGAUCAAAAAUCUGGUGGUCGACGAAAACGCAAAGAUUUGGAAUCAUCGGACGAAGAAUCGGAUGAAGAAUUGGAUGAAGAAUCUGGAUAUAAAUUCAAUCGGAAGGGCACUUUCAGUAUGCGGAGAGCUUCCUCCAAGUUUAUCACUAGAUUUGGAUCAUUCUUUCAGAAAUCCAGACGUGACGAUCCAUCCAAUUGA